CAAAAGAAAGGUUACGCAGCUUUUAAAAGAAAAAGGGGCAAAAAAGAAAGAAAGAAACAGAACGAGGAAAAGAGCCAAAAAAAAAAAAAGGAAAAUGUUGUGAGAGACUGCACAGAAGAUGCAGCGAGAGAGAGAGAGUUGUUUCUCUAAUUGAACUGAUUUGUUGGUUCUGUUAGCCGUCAAACUGACUUAAACGAAGUAGUUUUGCUGCGACUGGAGAAAAACGCCGCCGGCCGGCGAUGUUAUGAGAGAAAAGGAUUCAGAAGAAGAUUCAUCCGUUUCUUUCAAAUUUGAAAAAGGCAAAUUCGUUUCAAUGUAGGCCGCCUCUGCUUAUGCAUAUGCCUAUGCCUGUGUCCUAGUUCUACUGUUCCCUUUUCCCGCGCUUAAUCCAAUCAUCAAUCACUUUCUAUUAUCUACCGCCUACCAUAUCCAUUAUCCCUCCGCCCUUCACCUCCAUCCAGGGAAGAGAAAGGAAGGCAGGACAGGGUUUUCCUGGUGGUUCGAUUCUGUUUGACCUGUCCGCCCGCCCGCGGCCUUGCCCGUUUGAAUCAAACCCCAUCCAAUAGACGAGCUUUUCCAUAAAUAGGGAAAUCCGGUGCUGGAGAGGGGGGCCGAUUGCCUUUGGAGUCCAGAAUUUAUGAUGCUUUGUUGUUGCCCUGCAUUGAGAACUCAGAUACAGACGUGGCUUCGCGAUUAUGAUAAGAUUCAGUCUUCCGCUGUUAUUCUCAUCUACAUUCAAAUUGGUUGCUCAUUGAUUGGCUCACUCGGGGCACUCUACAACGGAGUCUUGCUGAUCGAUUUGGGAAUUGCCUUGUUCGCCCUGGUUGCCAUUGAGAGUAGCAGUCAGAGCCUUGGGAGAACAUAUGCCGUGCUUCUUUUCUGUUCCAUUUUGCUUGACAUCACCUGGUUCAUUCUCUUUGCCCGUGAAAUCUGGCACAUUUCAUCGGAUAUAUAUGGGACUUUUGUUAUAUUCUCGGUUAAACUCACUCUGUCCAUGCAGAUUAUUGGGUUUUUUGUGAGGUUAUCUUCUUCAUUCUUAUGGAUUCAGAUGUAUAGACUUGGUGUUUCUUAUUUAGAGACUUCAGUUCCUCGAGAAGCAGAUGCUGAUUUGAGAAACAGUUUCCUCAAUCCGGCAACCCCUUCUAUAGAUAGACAUCCUUCUGGCUCUGAUGAUGUUUUAGGAGGCUCCAUCUAUGAUCCUGCUUAUUAUUCAUCUUUAUUUGAAGAUUGUAAAGAUGAUGCACAUUUACAUGGGGGUGGUCAAAACCAUGGCUUAAUCAUGGAGUCUACUGCUACUGCUGAGACUUCUCAACUGAAGCAAUGCUUGAACAAAACUCUCCCCAACAAAGAUGAUGAGAAUGGUACGAGAAAGCUCCUGAAUGUUUGAAUACAAGGACUCUGGUUUGGCGUCUGUUUGGCAGCAUCUAUUCCCCCUUGGUUUUUGAUCGAGAGUUCUUAAUACCCAACUGGUUGUAUGCAGCAGCAACAUUUGUACAGUAAUCAUUGAUAGCAUUCUUUUCCAGGAUAAAAAGUUUUCUGAGAUAGUAGCUUCCGAGAUUCAUUGUGUAAAGCAGAACUCUGAUGUCAAAAGUUUUGAGGCUAUAGUAAAAGCUCUAUUUGGGCUGCGGAUGUGGAUUUGUCAAA